GGCGGCGCGUCCUUUCGGUCCCGGCGCAGGUGACAGCGGCGCCCCCUCCGUCCGUCCGCGCCGAGCGCUGCACCCCGACGCCGCCAGCAUGACGGAGCAGGCCGUCUCCUUCGCCAAGGACUUCCUGGCCGGCGGCGUCGCGGCCGCCAUCUCCAAGACGGCCGUGGCGCCCAUCGAGCGCGUCAAGCUGCUGCUGCAGGUGCAGCACGCCAGCAGGCAGAUCGCGGCGGAGCAGCAGUACAAGGGCAUCGUGGACUGCAUCGUGCGCAUCCCGCGGGAGCAGGGCGCGCUGUCCUUCUGGCGCGGCAACCUGGCCAACGUCAUCCGCUACUUCCCCACGCAGGCGCUCAACUUCGCCUUCAAGGACAAGUACAAGCAGCUGUUCCUGGGCGGCGUGGACCGCCACGCGCGCUUCUGGCGCUACUUCGCGGGCAACCUGGCGGCGGGCGGCGCGGCGGGCGCCACCUCGCUGUGCUUCGUGUACCCGCUGGACUUCGCGCGCACCCGGCUGGCGGCCGACGUGGGCAAGUCGGGCGCCGAGCGCGAGUUCAAGGGCCUGGGCGACUGCCUGCUGAAGAUCGGCCGCUCCGACGGCGUCCGCGGCCUCUACCAGGGCUUCAACGUGUCGGUGCAGGGCAUCAUCAUCUACCGCGCCGCCUACUUCGGCGUCUACGACACGGCCAAGGGCAUGCUCCCCGACCCCAAGAACACGCACAUCGUGGUCAGCUGGAUGAUCGCGCAGACCGUGACGGCCGUGGCGGGCGUGGUGUCCUACCCCUUCGACACCGUGAGGCGGCGCAUGAUGAUGCAGUCGGGGCGCAAAGCAGCGGACAUCAUGUACACAGGCACGCUGCACUGCUGGCGCAAGAUCUUCCAGGACGAGGGCGGCAAGGCCUUCUUCAAGGGCGCCUGGUCCAACGUGCUGCGCGGCAUGGGCGGCGCCUUCGUGCUGGUUCUCUACGACGAGUUCAAGAAGGUGCUGUGAGCUGUGCCCGGACCCAGGCAGCGCCGGCGGCAGAAAGAGGCUCCAGCGACCUCGUCAGAGUCUGCACCCGGCGGGCACCCACAUCCGUGUAUUUAUUGAAGAAUCGUGUCUCAUUUCUACUUGGCACUCUGUUUUGCACAGCCACCCUUUGAUCAUGCUCCCUGUGGGGAUCAAUAAACGGGACCAGACCCUCCCUGUGGGAUCAAUAAACAAGACCAGACCA